AAUCCAUGACAACGUUCUUUUCUCUCUCCCUCUCUAUCCAUCUCAUAUGGCCUCCUUGGGCUCAACAACAUCCAGACUCUCUCUCUCCGUUCUUUCCACUUGUGCUGUACAAAACCUCUGCUCCCCUUGUGUGUGAUCCUUGUCCCCUCUCUGCAGCAGCCGUGUCCCUGUGGAGGCAGCUGGAGGCUGGCUGGGCUCAGGGCCUCUGUGCGGUGCCUUGCAGGUGACGGUGAUGUUGGAGUUGCAGCAGGUGCCCGAGACCUUUGAGGAGCUGCAGCAGUUCCUGAAGGAGCAGGAGAAGAUCCUGCUGGCCCAGCUCAAGCAGGUGUCCCAGGAGCUUGUCAAGAAGAGGUACAAAUACAACUCCAAGGUUUGGGAGAGGGAGUCACUGCUGGACACGGUGAUUGUGUGGAUUGAGGAGAAGCAGGACCAGCCGGUGGUCGAGUUCCUCAUGGUGGGGCUGCAUCCCCCACUGGGUGCUGUGACCCCUGGGGGGCUGGGACACCCACCUGGCACCCUCUGCAGCCCGAGGGCCACGCUAUGGGGUUCCUGUGCUGAUAGCUGGGACACAGCUGCUCUGGGUUCUGUGGCUGCAGAGAUUUCCCUGUUUCCUUCCUGGGCCUGGCUGGUGGCUGGGCUCAGAGCUCCUCUCCCUUUUGUUCCCCUCAGCUGUGAGGCAGCCCCAAUCCCAGAGCUGGUUUCCCUGGAGCUGCAGAGGAGCAUUGAGAGUGUCUCUGAGAUGAGCCAGCUGGUUGUGGACAUGGUGGUCAAAUUCAAAGGUAAAACUCUGCUGGCUCUGUGUUGUGCUUCCCCUGGGCUUGGCUGGCAGCAGGAAAUCCUCACUGCUUGGUGCCUCUGCCUGGGGCUCUGGAGCAAAAUGCCUGCUCCAGAUGGGAACCAUCCCCAAGGUGGGCUUUGCUGGAGCCUGGAGCUCCACAUCUGGCUUGCUGUCCUGAUGGGGAGCAGGAAAGGUGCCACAGGAGAGACACUCAGGCAUCUUCCUUUCCUUCCAGUGAACCUGCAGAGCGAGAUAGACAAGGAAAGGGACACAUCCCAGUCCCAUGAGAAGGUGACGCUGGACCCAGAGAUGGGGGGCCCUCACCUGAGCCUCUCACAGGACCACAAAAUCCGGUUCAGAGGUGGAAAACAAAACCUCCCUGACAUCUCCAAGAGCUUCAUGGGCAGCCCCAGGGUCCUGGGCUCCCAGGGGUUCAUGUCUGGGAGGCAUUACUGGGAGGUGGAGGUUGGGAAACAGAAUGUCUGGGCCCUGGGGGUGGCCCUGGAGUCCGUGCUGAGAAAGGAGUCGUACAUCAUGCCCAGAUCUGAGAAGAUCUGGGCCCUGAAACUGGACUGGGAGGGCCAGUACAAAAUAAACUGCAUGCCCCGACCUGCUCAGAGACUCAGGAUCCACCUGCACUACAAAGCGGGCCGAGUGACCUUCUACAACACAGAAAACAUGACGCAGAUCUUGAAGUUUGAGGCCACCUUCACUGAGAAAGUCUUCCCAUAUUUUUGUCUCUAUUCAGCAGAAACCCAGAUCUGGCUGUGUGACUGA